AUGUUUAUCUCCCUUCCACAACACCAUGUAUGGGACCCAGAAAAAGCCCUAAUCAUCGAGGCUCAUACCACCCUAAGGCUAAAUAUCGGUCUAAAGGUCCCCCAUGACCCCGGGAACCAGCGGUGUCUGGUGUUUGUGCCGAUUACCGGCAGUUUCAAUGACCUGACCCAUCUUGUCAGGGAGAUGACUGUAUAUAUCCAGUUCAACCGCGCCACCCACACCAAUGUGCUCGAUGAGAAUCUUCUUGGCGGGGUCUGGUUCAAGUACAUCGGGGGAGAAGACAUUGUGAAGUUGUCCUCGUAUGCCAUUGGCGGCCUACAAGAGUUUCAUAGAAAUGCUAAGAAUGACAAUGUCUGA